CACCCAUCCACCCGCCGCCCCUACGUCUGCUGCCCGUGCGGUCCGCAUCCACCGCGCCCCCAAUGGCCGCCGCCCGCAUCCACCACGCCCCCAACGCCCGACGGUCUCCCGACGCCCGCGCCCGCAUCCACCGCGCCCCCAACGCCCCUGCCGACGCCCCAUCCACCCCGCCACCCCUGCGCGUUUGGCCGGCUGCGCUCCACCGCGGGACGCCCCUCCCGCCGCCUGCCGCCCCUGCGUCUACUGCCCGGCUGCGGUCCGCAUCCACCGACGCUCGACACUCGACGGUCUCCCGACGCUCGCCACCCGCAUCCACCGCGCCCCCAACGCCCCUGUCGACGCCCCAUCCACCCCGCCGCCCCUGCGCGUCUGGCCGGCUGCGCUCGACCACGGGACGCCCCUCCCGCCGCCCGUCGCCCCUGCGUCUACUGCCCGGCUGCGGUCUGCAUCCACCGACGCUCGACGCUCGACGGUCUCCCGACGCUCACCGUCCGCAUCCACCGCGCCCCCAACGCCCCUGCCGACGCAGGUGUGCUGUUGAAGGAGAAAGUUCCAUAAGGUCCCCAGGGCGUCACGUGGACAGGGAUAAAAAAAACUCUUGUUGAAGGUGGUAAGGAUGCUAAGGCGCUGGACUGUGUUAGUCAAGCUGUAGAUGAUGCAGCGAGUGGAGGACUUCGCACAGUGUCUAGAAAGCAGGGCAAACUCACUGCCUAAACUCUAGUGGAGAAUGGAGAGCACGACAAGGUUGUCAUCAAGGUUGGAACCAUCGGUUGCUCAGCUUUUGGGCUUAAGAAAUGCAGUUUUAGUUCCACAUAAUCAUUCAGUUGGUUCCUGUUGAACCUGAGGGCGGUAAUAUGUUUGGUAGUAGUAAUGAUAGCGGGAGCAGUGGUAACAAUCUCCUAGACUUAAGUCACCUCAGCACUAUGAAUAGUUUGCUUUUUGAAAUAUAAAAGCAGGGGUGUUUCCCUUUUUUCUAAGAAAAAUCUCCAUACCUUGACUGCUCCUAUGGCAUGUUUACACUAUGUAAUUUGUCGCAAUAGGUUUAGUCUAGAUAAUGGUGAUACUCUAGCAUUCUUGCAAAA